AUGGACCCUGCUGGACGCGGCGCGCGGCCCGUAGGCGAUGUGCCGCCUGCGUUGCGGAGGAUGCGGACAAACGUGCUGCAGGCACGACAGGAGAUGGUUGUGCCACCGCUGAACUUUGACAUGGUCGCGCCGGGCGUGUACCGCAGCGGGCACCCGAACGAGCGCAAUUUUGGAUUCCUAAAGCGCCUGCAGCUACGCAGUAUCGUGUACUUGGCCAGCGACGAGUACCGCCCGAACGUGCUACAAUGGGCCAAGCGCGAAGGACUGCGCAUUUUCCACCACCGCGUCAAUAUGAACAAGGAGCCGUUCACAGAGAUGGACGAGGGCGAAGUUGCGUCUGCCUUGGUGCACGUUCUGGACCAGCGCCAUCUUCCGGUGCUCGUCCACUGCAACAAGGGCAAGUAUCGCGUUGGGUGCCUGGUAGGCUGUGUGCGCCGCCUCCAGGGCUGGAGCCACAUCAACAUCCUUGAAGAGUACGCGCGCUUUGCCGGGGACAAGAUCGCCGACGAAGAAUUUAUCGAGAUGUUUGACCUGUCGCGCGUACAGCUCGAUCCAGAGCACAAGCCGGCGUGGCUAUAG